AGGAAGAGCUAAGCGCCGAGAUUGGGCGCACAGUGCCAGGUGCACACGUGACUGCUCAACGUCAUACAGUCUGUCGUCAUUAGGAGCCGGCGUUGGAUAUAAAGUCCAACGUCGACACCGACACCAACUACACACCACACUUGUACAUGCACUUGAUUUAUACUGCUUCCUUCACAAUGUACCGAGCACCCACUUUGCGUUCUAUCCUUGCUACCCGUCACGGUCGUGUCCCAGCCAACAUCCCUCCUGUCGCCCGUAGGACAUUCGCAACCCAGACCCCUCCAGGGCAAGCGUCGCCCAAUCCCAAGGCCAGUCCUUCCACCAAUGGUGGCGGACACAACAAUGGCCUCAUCAUCGCGUCUGCUGUUGCGGCACUUGCAGGAAUGUACUAUUUCUACAACCGCGACCGAAGCAUCAGUCUUCAGGAGAAGAAGCGCAGAGAUGAGGAGGAUAUAAAACGGGCAGUGCGCGCAGUAGAGGGCGAUUUAAGGCAAGCUGGGGAGGCAGGGAAGGCAAGGGCCGAGGAUGCCCUUAGAGAAGGCCAGGAGAGCUAUGAUGCUGUGAAGGCCUCAGCUAAAGAGAAAGCGGCUGCAUCCCGCCAAAAGGUGGACGAAUCUCGCUACGAUCUGACAGAACAGGCACGGCAGACGGCACACGAAGCGCAGGCAAAACUGAACCAGUACAAGAACGCAGCUGAGAAAUCUCUGGCGGAUGCCAAGAGGACAUCCGAACAAAAGUACGAGGAGACAAAGGAUGCUGUCGCACAACGCGCGGAUGAAGCCAAGGACGCUGGCCAAAGCUGGUUUGGUUGGGGGCAGUCAAAGACAGACGAGGCGAAACGCGAAGGUGCUCAGAAAGUUGCUGAGGGCGCAGAAGAUGUUAAGAAGAAAGCCGAGAGACAGGUAUGAGAUAUGCGGUAAACUUGAAUGAAUAUUGUACGUCUGAAUUAGUAUAGUAUUGUAAUACAUCACCUAUAUUCCCUAUACUGUUACAUCGCAUACGAUUCUCCCUAAGCUUCACCAGUAACAUGCUGGGAGAUGAUGAGAACAUAGUCGUGUGCCACAAGGAGUUCCGCACCCUGGUGACAAGAAAAG